CAGGGAAGGGCUGUGAGUCACCGCUAAGAAGCUGGGGCGGGGGGAGACAAAGGUCAGAAGGGGGGUGGGCACCUGGGAAAUUCCUGGGGCGGGCAGGUCCUGCGGCUCCUCCCCUGCCCCGGGGCACUGCGCGGCUCCCCUGGCCCUUGGGACACACCUGGUCUGACCACCAUGGACUUCAGCCUGGCGGCAGCCCUGGAUUCCAACUCCAAGAAGAAGGAGGGGGCAUGCAAACUGGGAGACCCCAAGCACGGCCCCCCUAAAGCUCAGGGUGGGCCAGGGGCAGGCCAGAAGCCGCGGCACGGCCACGGCAGCUCCUCGGACUCCAGCAGCAGCUCCAGCGACUCGGACUCCGAGGGCAAGCCCCACGCCGCCGGCUCACAGCAGCACAAAGGCACCGCGGACAAGACCAAGAAGCCCAAGAUGAAGAAGGACAAGAAACAGAAAGACAAAAAGGGCAAGAAGGAAGCCAAGCACUGACGGGCGGGGCUCAUUAAACCGCGUCCACCCGC